GCUCCAGAGAACGCACGAUGCUGGCUCUUCGCCCUGACUGUAUCGCUUUUCGAUAAUCAUUUCAACGUUUAUAUGGAUUUCCACCAGUCUAUCGGAUGGAUCGCAGGGUUGGCUGAUUAUUGAAUGAAUGCUGGAGAGAUGUUUGGAUAACUGGCACCUGUUUUCAUGCUCAGCAUCUUUCUGAAGUGCUUCAGGGAGCUGUUAAUAGCUUCCCACCUGGGCCAUAAGUCAAGUCGUGGAAGAACUUUCCAAUGAAGACAACAGUGAUGGAUCUUAAAGUGGAACCUAUGGACAUUGAAUAUGACCAGCCCCCUCCCCUCCAAGUGUUCGCUCACACUUCGACUCUGCACGGCAUCUCUCAUAUCUUCUCAAAUGAGAAGAUCACAGCCAAAUGCUGCCUGUGGGUAGUGUUUUUUCUAAGCUCUUUGACCUUCCUCCUGUACGUGUGUAUCGAUCGGAUUCAGUUCUACCUGGAAUACCCUCACGUCACCAAGCUAGAUGAGAUCACAACGCCCAUGAUGGUCUUCCCUGCGGUAACGAUUUGCAAUCUCAACUCCAUCCGCUUCAGCAGAAUCUCACGUAACGACCUGUACCACGCAGGGGAGCUGCUGGCGCUAUUGAACUCAAGAAAUGAUAUUCGGGAUGCUCACCUGGUUGAAGAAAGUGUGAUGGAGGUUCUCAAAAGCAAAGCCGACUUCCGCCACUUCAAGCCACGACCCUUCAACAUGUGGGAGUUUUAUAAUAGAACAGGACAUGACAUCAAAGACAUGCUUCUCUCCUGCCAGUUCAGAGGCUCUCCGUGCCGACCGGAAGACUUCAGCGCGGUAUUCACACAUUACGGGAAGUGUUAUACCUUUAACUCGGGUAACAGUAGGCCACCGCUGAACAGUGUUAAAGGUGGAAUUGGAAACGGUCUGGAGAUAAUGAUGGACAUUCAGCAGGAUGAAUAUUUACCUGUGUGGGGAGAGACAGAUGAGUCAUCGUUUGAGGCGGGAAUCAAAGUUCAGAUCCACAGUCAAGAUGAGCCACCAUUUAUAGAUCAGCUAGGCUUCGGAGUCGCACCAGGAUUCCAAACGUUUGUUUCCUGCCAAGAGCAGCGACUGAUAUAUCUUCCUGCUCCAUGGGGGAGCUGCAAGUCUAGUCCACCGAGCUCAGAUUACUUCAAGGCGUACAGCAUCAGUGCCUGCCAAACAGACUGCGAGACUCGUUACCUGGUGGAAAACUGCAACUGUCGUAUGGUGCACAUGCCUGGUGAUGCACCGUACUGCACCCCUGUGCUAUAUAAGGAAUGUGCACAUCCAGCGCUUGAUUUCCUAGCUGAAGUGGACAGCGAAUACUGCUCGUGCGAGACUCCAUGCUACAUCACUCGCUACAGUAAAGAGCUCUCUUUCGUCAAGAUCCCUAGUAAAGCAUCAGUCAAGUACCUAGCAAAGAAAUACAGCAAAUCAGAGAAAUACAUAGCUGAUAAUGUUCUGGUGCUGGAUGUGUUCUUUGAAGCGCUGAACUAUGCAACCAUCGAGCAGAGGAAGGCCUAUGAGGUGGCUGGUCUGUUGGGUGAUAUUGGAGGACAGAUGGGGCUUUUUAUUGGAGCCAGUGUUCUUACGAUUUUGGAGCUUUUUGACUACCUUUAUGAGGUAAUGAAAUACAGAUUCUGCCGCUGUUCUGAAAAGAAACAUCACAACAACAACAACAGUGAUCAUGGCACUGUACUUAGCCUGGACGAUGUCAAAUGUCAAGUCAGCAAAUUUCAUUAACAUUCCUGCGAUGUUCAGCUAUUCGCCUGCCAUUCAUUUUCAGGUUACAUUCUGCAGUACGUUUAGAAGGCCGUUUAUUCUAUGAAUUCACAACACAAGCACAGUUGUUCUGUUUUAAAGAUUGUUCUGGCAUCUUGUAAUCAUACACUCUUUUACUCUGUAUGAAUUUUUCUAGAAGUUUUUCAAAUGUUUUGUGGUUUUCCAAAAAAGCUGUACUGUGUAUGCUGUUAUUGCUAAGGCAGGAAUGCCAAUAACAUACAAUUUUAAUUAAAUGGUAUAAAGCUUUUGUUUGCCAAGACUUUGCAAUAGAAAUGUGACUACCAGCUUGAGGGGUUACUGUAUGUCAUGUUUUAUUAAAUCAGUGCAUUUUAAUGGCUAUGAUAUGGAUGUAAAUGCAUUGUGAAAGACAAUUAAUUGCACAGGGCAUUGUGAGAGGGAAUGCCACUUUACAAAGGCCUGUAAGUGCUUAGAGCUACAGUAUCUACCAUAGGAGCGUAAUAUAAUCGGCCAGUGUCAGUUCAGAGCGAAUAACCAUAGAUAUUCCCAGGGGGUGCAUGUUAGCUUGGCAAGAAUUUUGUAUGCAUUGUCAUGUUUGUUGCAGGCGCAUGCAUGGAUUGUGUGCGUGUCCUGUGCAUGCCUGUAUACAUGUAUGUGUCUAUUAAUGUUGUGUGCCAUUGUGUGUGAGAGCUUGAUUGUGCAUGCAUGGAUGUGUAUGUCUGUUUGUAAGUGCAUCUUUGUGCAUGUAUAUAUUACAUGUGAUAAUUACUAGAAUGGAUGAUCAAAAGUUGGAGCGAUAGGGUUUUAAGUAUUUUUAAAACAGGAAAUGAUGUAUUUUUAAAGUCUGUGAUGCACAUUAAAUACGUGUCAACUGCCAGCUGAUAGAAUGUCGUUUUCUUCAUUUUUGUUGUGGGGUUUAUGUUAAAUUUCUCAUUUAAAUUUAAAUUUGGUACACUAUACUAAUCAUAUUUACAGUGGAACACUGUCUGUUUUUUUGUUUUUCUCCAGCAAGGACCAAUAUUCUUUAUUUAAGAUAAAUGGUUUGUCAAAGAGCAACGGUAUUAAUAUGUAUUACAUUUUUCAGUUAGUACAUUUCUGUAUUAUUUUGAUGUUUAUCA